GUUUAGCCGCAUUGUCUAGCUGCAAUAUGGUUAGACUGGGCUUAAGCCUCCCCGAAAGGCUCUCGUCGGAGCGGACGAUGUUAGCCAUCGCGGAGCCGCUCCUCCUCUCCGCGAUACGCUUUGUUCGACCCAACUGCUAAUUCUCAAUCCCCCGCAGCUCCAUUUCCUUAGACAAAUCUCCAGAUUCCCCACACUCAGGAUUGCGGGGAGAGUGUUCAUCUAUCCCUUCUCGUCUAUGACAGGAAAAGAAAAGCUACAUAUUUUCUACGUCAAAGUCGACAGACAGGGCGUGUUUUGUUACUUUGUCUCGCCGCAUGCAAUACUGUUCCGACAAUGUGAUUGCGGCUAUGACAGGCUCAAAUAGUAUCGGCUCAUUCACACUUUCAGUGCAGCAUUCUGAUCAUGCGAAAAGAACAAUUCAACGCCCAGUGGAUGAUCCUGCCGCUCUAAUCCUGGAAGCCUGGUCGCAAGGCCUCAUGACGGGCUCUCUCCUCAUCAUGGCUGCAGUCACGUAUGCAAACAUGCGACCAGGUGUUUUGCUGCAUAAGUUAAUCUUAUUAGAGUUGAUUCUGGCUCUAGCCCACGGGACAUUCAUAUUUGCCCCGGACCCUGUGUACGGCUGGUAUCUGGCUGCAUCCGCGAUUGGAUUGAUUAUAUCCUGGUCUUUGCACAAUGUGAUCGCAUGGAUGAAGAACAGGCCGUUCAUGGGCCGCAAACUUUCGCUCUUCUAUGUCGGCACGAUCGUCCUGGCUCAGCCAUACUGGGCAACUGAGAUUUACGCCAACUUCGCUUAUUUCAACAACGCAAACCAUACUGUUUACGAAAAGAUCCGCCCCUGGGAAGCACUAUUUCGCGAUCCAUGGUGGAUUUAUACAACGUGCAACCUCUUUUGGGUGGUCAAGACACACUACAACUUUGGCAUCCUCGAGUUAGUACGAGAAUGUCCUCGAUUUGGCCUCAUGCUGGUCUCAAUGUGUCUCUCGGUUGUCUUCAUUCCCCUCGACAUUAUAAGCGUGACAGGGGCACUCAGAUCCGCCAUGCCGCUGGGCAUCAAUCCUUUUUGGAAAGUAUGCUCCCAUUCAGUUUCCACUGGAAGCAUUUAGUACCUCUUAUAUCCCGCGCUGACGGGCGUUUUAUCCUUUAGCUAUGUUUCAUGUUCAAGUGCCUCUGCGAUACCGUGAUUCUGGAUGAUUUCAAGACUGCGCUUGACAGGCUUAGUGCUAGAUGGCUCGCGAGGCAAGGAAUCGAAGGAUUCCACACACUAGGUCGGCAACUCCUUCGAUCGCCCUUCCAUUCCAUUCAUGCGAUGAAGUCCUGACGUAUCGUGUAUUCUUAGAUUUCAGAAGCCACCCGACCUUUACUGAUGAGCGAGUAACGCCGCGCAUGGGAGAUAUUAUCUCCUUGAAACGCCCAGUGAGCGCUGUACAUAUUGAGUGAAGGGGAAUAUUAUGACUAGCCUCCGCCUUUGGAAAUAUAAGACGGACGAUAGACGAUUUAGUAUAACAAACAACCAUUUCCAUGACACGGAACUGGGGGCGGGAUGGAGCACUAUGUAUAUGGGUGCUAAGAAAAAGCUGCACAAAACAAUGGAAUUUCCGGUCAUAUUGUCCAGAAUUUGCCACAGC